GACGUUAUUUCCAUUUUAAAGAAACCGAGGCCCUCACUGCAAAAUUUGAUGUUCUGCAUAUCAUUUGUUCUUCCCCCUAAAGAUAGACCCAGGUCUUCUCUGCAAAAGCUUGGUCUGAAACUCUAAAUUCAUUGUUGAUGGAUCAGAAUAUCUCACCACUGGACUUUCCCGUUCGCCACACGCAGUUCUCUCUUGACAUCCAGGGGAAUAAAACAGAUAUCAUCAUAUGUAGUUACGAAGACCAUUUUCUUGUCAUUGCAACUCAAAUAGGAAGCAUGGGGACCAUACUGCAUGCCCGGAAGGAGGAAGGGAUGACGACGGAACCAAACUUUAGUGUGUCUGUUGUGCUGGGAAAACGCGAUGAGCAAAUGCUAGUUGCUUGUGCUAGACAGAUUAUUGAACAUAUAAGUUCAUCGGGAUCUUCUAAGUCUUUGGUUCUCUCACUUGGUUUGAAAGAUCAUUCUAUGAGCACUCUGAAGAGUAUUGUUUGCACUGUGAAGGAAAGCCGUGUUUGGUAAUCUCACAUGUGGUUUAUUCAGUUAGUUUCUUAAAAUCUUGACAAGGCUGUAUUUGUAGAUAAAUUUCAUCGCAUCAUGAAAUGUUCACAUUGCAUCAUUCAAUAGUCAAUACAAACAUUUAUGUGAUGUUCUAUAAACGCUACAUAUUGCUUUCUCCAUCC